AUGCUUGGCCUGUCGAUUUCCGCCCUGAGUAUCCUUUUCCUACUUCUCAUUAUUGUUCAAGUGCUCGCUAGCUAUGCGCGCAAUCCAUUGCGCAAGGUCCCCGCUGCUCAUCCGCUGGCGCAUUUCACUUCACUCUGGGUGCAUUCAGUUCGCUGGCGGGGUAUUGAGAAUGCGACACUCAAGGCAGCGCAUGACCGCUUGGGCCCAAUCGUAUGUUUGGGACCCAGCGAGAUCAGCGUGAACUGCGUCAAGGGAGGGAUCCGAGACGUGUAUGCCGGGGGGUUCGAGAAAAGCAGUGCCAAGGAUGGUUACAAUUGGUAUGCUUUCUUUUCGAAUUAUGGAGGAGUCGACAACAUGUUCUCGACUGGACGCAACAAGCCGCACUCGCAGAGAAAACGGAUGCUGAGCAACAUCUAUAGCAAGUCUCACGUCACGGCAAGCGAGGCACUGCUGGGCCAGACCUCUGCCAUCAUCUACAAGCGCUUUUUGCCAUAUCUGGAGUCAACAUUUGCCGAGUCUGAGAAGGGCGUCCUAAACAUCUACGCCCUGCUCAGUGCGACUACAAUGGACAUUGUGACGUGCUUCAUAUUCGGGCUCAAGGCAGGCUCGAACCUAAUCGAUGACCGAAAGCAGCUUGCGUGGUUUUUGGAUUUGUACAACUCGCGUCGAUCCUACAACUUCUGGCCGCAGGAGUUCCCACGAUUUACUAGCUUUGUGGAGAAGUGGCUUGGCUACCGAUUGACACCGAAGUGGGUCGAUGAGGCGAACGGUGAGAUCGAGGAGUGGACGGUGAGGAUGUGCGACGAUGCUAGUACUGUCUCGAGCGCAGGCGACACACAGAUCGAGGAUCGACCUGUGGUGUGGCAGCAGCUCCAAAACACCAUGGCAAAAGCCGCAAAGGAGGGCGGGCAGAGCACACUACAGACUCAAAUUGCGAGCGAGGUGCUUGACCAUCUUGCGGCCGGUUUCGAUACGUCCGGGAUAACACUGGCCUACGUUGUUCACGAGGUCUCGCGACAUCCGGAGAUCCAGGCCCGUCUUCGAGCUGAGCUGCUUGGUCUCUCGCCACAGCUUAUACCGUCAUCCGCGCCAACACUGCCUGAUGCUAAGGCCGUAGACAGCCUACCAUUCCUCCAUGCCGUCAUAUGGGAGACCCUGCGUCUUCAUUCGGCCAUCCCGGGCCCACAGCCACGCUUCACGCCGCCGCAAGGCUGUCAACUUGGGCCUGAAGAGGCUUCGUACCACAUUCCUAGUGGAGUAAGGGUGAGCGCAAGCGCGGGCUUGUUGCACCUCAACGAGGAAGUGUUCGAGCGCGCAAACGAGUGGAGGCCAGAGCGAUGGCUGGACAUCGAGAAGCUAGACGAGGAGAAGCGGAGGGAUAUGGAGAGCCGGUGGUUUUGGGCCUUUGGAAGUGGCGGACGCAUGUGCGUUGGAAGUCACUUGGCGAUAUAUCAGAUGAAGUACAUCAUCGUAGCGCUGUAUUCCAACUACAGUACCACGAUCGUUGACGAUAACGGCAUCGAGCAGAUGGAUUCGUAUACUGCGCCACCCAAGAGUGACAAGCUCAUGGUAAGACUUGAAAAAGUAGUGUAGGAACUAAGCUUGCUGAAGGCUCUUACCUCAAUGAUCAGGAAUGUUUGGACCCUGAUCUCCGACACUGAACAAGGAAGGAAGCAUCUGCCCCACCGCACGUUCAACUGGUCCUGGCGGGCAAUCGCCUUGACGGAAAAGCAAGUGUACUGUCGGCAGCCGUACGGCGAAUUAAGAGUGUGCGGCCGGUUCACGCCGCUGGAAGAUCGUACCAUGGUAGAGUUGUGGGAACCGUACGUAAUUAAGCCAAUCAACAGUCAUCGUUUUAUACGCUAUCGUGGGGAACGCAGCGUUAGAAUCCUUCAAGGGCGUUCACCUCGUUUUUGGCGGGCUGUAAAGGCUUCGAGUGCUUGGAUAGGUACCUGGCAGUGCUGUGGUGUGCUUCUUGUCUCAGCUGGGCGAGAGAGUGCCUGUUGAUCUGCUUCUUCUGCCAAUAC